AUGGCCACGAAGAAUAGUAUGUCUAUCGCAGCUAAAGGUUAUGCGUUGCAUGAUGAACAAGCUAAGUUCGACCUGUUUAAUUUUCAACGACGAGCACCAGAUGAGUAUGAUAUCAUGAUAGAAAUUUAUUUUUGUGGUAUCUGUCACUCGGAUAUUCAUCAGUCUCGCAAUGAAUGGCAUAAUUCGAUUUAUCCUAUGGUACCUGGCCAUGAGAUUACAGGUAUUGCAAAGAUGGUUGGCUCAAGUGUUGCUACUAUUCAAGUGGGCGAUGCGGAGCACUUUGUGUGUAAACUACCCAAUGGUCUUGAUUUGGCCAAAACAGCUCCCCUUCUCUGUGCUGGUAUAACGAGCUAUGCACCAUUUCAAGAACACAAUGUUGGUCCAAAUACACGUGUCGGGUAUGAUUAA